GCCAGAACCUGCAACACACUGGCCAAAGACGAGGCUCAUUUACGUAAAUCUUCGUCGAUUAUGCACUCGAUCUGGUUCUCGCGUGCUUCAGCGCUGAUGCUGCCCCGGACGUCCAUUGCCGCACGCUGAUGAAACCGGGCUCGACAUCACGAUCUCCUCAACGCCAAUGCCGCCAACAGCCACGAUAUAUAAGAUGGCCGCGCCGGGUGCCUCUGUCAGCGGCCCAGACGCCACACACUGCAGAUCACGAUAACUUCACUUUCAUCCAGUACAACACACAGCACGCAUCUUCCCUCAUACUAGUAGCUUCUCAGAUAUCACCCCCAGCAAGUAGCCCAUAACAUGACCGUCGUUCAAGCUCCCAGCAUCGACAACAUGAUCCCCAUCCACUCCAAGGGGCGGUACUUCUUCAAGGGAGACCAGAGGUUCCUCAUCAAGGGCGUCGUCUACCGCUUGCAUGGCGAAGGCCCCAUUGACCCCCUUGUCGAUGACCGCUUGAGCGACCUCCAGAGAGAUAUCACCCUGUUCAAGGAAUUGGGCCUCAACACUCUUUUCAUCUAUCACAUUGAUCCCUCAAGGAACCACAAUGCUGCCAUGCGGCUCCUGGCAGAAGCCGGCAUAUACGUCCUCAUCAGCCUCCCCACAUCGGCAUGCACAGGUGACAACUUUGGCAGCACCACGACAUUCCGCCCUUACAACUCGGAGCUGCUAGCCGACUGUUUCGCCACAAUAGACUGCAUGGCACAAUACGCCAACACUCUCGGCAUACUCGUGGCCAAUGGCGCAAUGAGCACAAUCUAUUCAACUUCCCUCGCGCCCAUGAUCAAGACGGUAAUUAGGGACGUCAAGAAGUACAUGGCCACAGCGAACGAGGUCGCCGGACAGCGACAACUGCCCGUUGGGUACAGCGCAUCAACAGGCAGGCUGAUCCUGAGGACGACCUUUGACUACUUCACGGCUGGGAAGGAAGACGAGACGGUGGACUUUUUCUGCUAUGCAAACUUCAACUGGUGCGGCCAGUCCACCCUGCACAUCUCAGGCUACAAGCAGGAGCUCAAGACCUUCGACGACGCACACAUCCCCGUCUUCUUCUCGCAGUACGGCUGCAACCUGGGCGCGUGCGGCAAGCGCAUCUUCCAGGAGACAUCCGCCAUCUAUUCGUCAGCCAUGACGCGUGUGUUCUCCGGCGGCGUCGCGUACGAGUUCUAUGACUCGCCAGACAUCAGGUCGGGUCUCUGGGGCUACGGGCUGGUGAGGCAGGAGGACGCGGUGGUGGGCAGGGGCCUGACCCAGCUCCCUGACUUCGAGAGCCUGAGGAAGAGGCUUGAGAACUGCCAGGACGCGAGCAUCGUGGAGGAGGAGAUGGAGGAGGGGAACUUCAAGCCGUCGUCAGGGGACAUCCCACCCCUGUCGGCUCACUGGAAGGCGGGUCAUCCCUUGCCAUACAGCAUGGCCAACUGGAACGAGGUAAGACAGAGUCUCGAGGGAAAGGCGUGGAUGGAGGUUGGAGUUGAGGAGCUGACCACGAAGGAUUUCCAGUUGAGCCACCAGCCAAAGUUUAUCAGGGCAUAGGAUUGUUUGGAUUCUUGUUUUUGUUUUGGGCAUGGGAAAGUUUGAUUAUCAUUAAUAUUGAAAGCACAAGGCAUUGCGGGUGGGGUUUAAGGAGUUUAAAACUGUUUCGGGCUAUUUACCAGUAGUAACAUCUUACACAACAGCAUUCUUGCCAUGACAAA